GUUGGCUUGGGCCUCCACAGCGCACAAGCUGGAAAGGGCGGGGUAUCCCCAGCCGACCAUUCCGAAAUGUUGAACGGCUGCGCUAAGCCGGAUUGGGCGGGCCCAGGAACGAGACAAUUCGUUGCACAGCUUCAUCAACAUUUCGCGCGCGCCGACAUUCCAACUUUUGUUCCCUUCUCUCUCUUCUCUCCCAACCGUCGUCACACAUCCCGUCACGCCGUCCACCAUAGCAACCAUGUUCGCCGCUUCCAGAAUCCAGACCCGUGCCUUCUCGGCCUCUGCCCGCCAGCUUACCAAGGUCUCCGUCCUCGGUGCCGCCGGUGGCAUUGGCCAGCCCCUCUCCCUCCUCCUCAAGCUCAACCCCAGAGUCUCCGAGCUCGCCCUCUACGAUAUCCGUGGCGCCCCCGGUGUCGGUGCUGAUCUGUCCCACAUCAACACCAAGAGCACCGUCAAGGGCUACGAGCCCACCGCCUCCGGUCUCGCCGAUGCCCUCAAGGGCUCCGAAAUCGUCCUCAUCCCCGCCGGUGUCCCCCGCAAGCCCGGCAUGACCCGUGACGACCUCUUCAACACCAACGCCUCCAUCGUCCGCGACCUCGCCAAGGCCUGCGCCGAGUCGUGCCCCGAGGCCAACAUCCUCGUCAUCUCCAACCCCGUCAACUCCACCGUCCCCAUCGUCUCCGAGAUCUUCAAGAAGGCCGGUGUCUACAACCCCAAGCGCCUCUUCGGUGUCACCACCCUCGACGUCGUCCGCGCCUCCCGCUUCGUUUCCGAGAUCAAGGGCACCGACCCCAAGGACGAGAACAUCACCGUCGUUGGCGGCCACUCCGGCGUCACCAUCGUCCCCCUCUUCUCCCAGAGCAAGCACCCCGAACUCUCCAAGAACGAGCAGCUCAUCCACCGCGUCCAGUUCGGUGGUGACGAGGUCGUCAAGGCCAAGGACGGUGCCGGUUCCGCCACCCUCUCCAUGGCCAUGGCCGGUGCCCGCAUGGCCGAGUCCCUCCUCCGCGCCGCCCAGGGCGAGAAGGGCGUCAUCGAGCCCACCUUUGUCGACUCCCCUCUCUACAAGGACCAGGGCAUCGACUUCUUCGCCUCCAAGGUCGAGCUCGGCCCCAACGGUGUUGAGAAGAUCUACCCCGUCGGCCCCGUCGAUGAGGUUGAGCAGAAGCUCCUUGAUGCCUGCCUUGUUGACCUCAAGAAGAACAUCCAGAAGGGCAAGGACUUUGUCGCCGCCAACCCCGGCAAAUAAGUGCAUUUCUCUAUACACUAGCGAUAGCUUAGAGAAGUGUUACUGAAGCGAGCGACCGGCGCAUUUUCUUUUACGUCUCUAACCGACUACUAAGCUGUCUUUCGAUCUCUAGUAGCGACAUUCACUCACAUGCUUGAAACACAGCAAUUGGGUUGUCUCUGCGUGGGAACGGGUUAGCAGCACAUCUGGUGGAGAUAGUAGACAAGAAAGUGGCCAUCGUUCGUUCGUUAUAUCAUCGGACAUGACGGAAAUGGGUGGAGUUAGUUUCUCAACCAGGACUAUAACAAACAAAUCGUCGCGGCCAUGACGGAAGGAAGUGGAGUUGGGAGCCAUUGUUGUUACUACUAUAUACGUACCUACUAUCGAUAUCCAUACCGAGUGAGAGGUUUCAGUUUUUCUCGGGCGGGAAGCCUCAUUCACAGAAAAAAAAGUUACUGGCCUUUGGUUGAAAAGCUGCUUGUUCCUGCUUGUUUCCUAGCAUUAAUGUAUAACUAUCAUGACCUUGAAUGAUUGUUCGUUUUGUCCCUCUUUUUUCCCGUCUUUGUCCUCGAUCUGGCUGGGACUUCGCGAUGAUGGCAUCGUCCCUGAGUGCAUCAGCUACUUCUACAUGCCCAUUACUCCCAGCCCAGCCAAUGCCAACCGAGAUAAGAUACGUAACCAUGCAAACCACGCGGACCACCGGAAAUAGUGGCAGGAGUCAAGACAAGCACAAGUGGGUUCCCUCUUCUAAUUAUACCCACAUCCAUAUAUACAC